UCGCGAGAUCAAUGGGAGGACGGCGCUGGGACUGCGGCGGAGGUUCCGGGUGCUGGGUACGGGGAGCAGGCCGCGCGGCCGCCCGUAUCGGAGGAAGUCCCGGGGAGACAAGGCACAGGGGUCCCAGCCAAAAUGAGUUCCCUCCUGGAACGCCUCCAUGCCAAGUACAGCCAGAAUCGACCAUGGCCUGAAACUAUUAAAUUGGUUCGGCAAAUUAUGGAGAAGAGGACUGGAAUGAUGACCGGGGGUCACCAGCACUUAGUGGGUUGCCUGGAAACUCUACAGAAAGCUUUAAAAGUGUCUUCCCUGUCUGCCAUGACGGACCGCCUGGAGUCUAUAGCAAGACAAAAUGGUCUUAAAUCACAUUUAAGUCCCAGUGGCACAGAGUGUUAUAUCAGCUCCGACCUGCCUUUCUACCUGGAGGUUCAUCUGGAUCCAGAGGGGCAGCUGUCUGAUGUCAAAGUUGCUCAUCAGGGAGAAAGCCCAAUGAGCCACCCGGAACUUGUACAGCAACUAAGGGAUAAGAAUUUUGAGGACUUCUCUCAGUAUCUGAAGAGCCUGGUGAACCUGUACAAGAUACCAGGAGAUAAGAAAAUGUUUGUAGCACUUCAGUCUUUGGAAAUGGACCUCACAAAAAUGGCUGCCAUGUACUGGCAGGUGACCAAUGCUAGCGUGUUGGACAAAAUAUUACAGGGAACUGUUGGGCACCUGACGCCAAGAAGUGGAGGUAAUAUCUCUAAAGGCCAUGUUAUGAAUUUAAAGUAUUAUAUCACUCCAUAUGACCUUUUUGACGAUGCCACCGGUGCUACAGUAACACUUAACGAAGGACAAGUACUCCCUCGAUCACUUGGUCUGAAUGUAUCGGUCACCAUUGAAGCCACAACUGCGAUGUACAAGCUGCCCAUUGCUCCGCUGAUCAUAGGCUCACAUCCUAUUGAUAAUAAGGGAACUCCGUCAUUCUCUUCUGUCACCAAUGCCAAUAGUGUGGACCAUCCUGCCUGUUUUUUCCUUAAGUUUCCACAACCCAUUCCUGUCUCCAGUGCUUUUAUCCAGAAAAUCCAGAACUGUACAGGUAUUCCUUUGUUUGAAACGCCUCCCUCCUUUUCGCCUCACUAUGAGCUGGUUACCCAGUUUGAGCUGGCCAAAGAUAAGGAGCCGUCGCCUUUGAACCACAACAUGCGAUUCUAUGCAUCUCUGCCAGGUCAGCAGCAUUGCUAUUUUUUAAAUAAAGAUGCUCCUCUCCCCGACGGGAGGUGCCUGCAGGGGACCCUUCUUAGCAAGAUCCCAUUUCAGCACCCUGGACGUGUCCCCACCAUCCUCAACCUCAUCCGACAUCAGAUGGCUUGUAACACACUGAUUGGGAGCUGCGUGAAGCGCACUGUGGUAAAAGAAGAUUGCCCUAACCUUUUGCAGUUUGAGGUUUCCCCCCUCUCGGACUCCUGCAUCAGUAUCUCAUUCCAGCACCCGGUGAAUGACUCUUUGGUCUGUGUUGUGAUGGACGUUCAGGAUUCCACCCAUGUGUCCUGCAAACUAUAUAAAGGUCUUUCUGACGCUCUCAUCUGUACGGAUGAUUUCAUCACUAAAGUGGUUCAGAGGUGCAUGUCCAUCCCUGUGACUAUGCGAGCCAUUCGUAGGAAAGCUGAGACCAUCCAGGCUGACACUCCUGCACUGUCACUUAUUGCAGAGACUGUGGAAGAUAUGGUGAAGAAGAACCUUCCUCCAGCCAGUAGUCCAGGCUAUGGAAUGACCACAGGCUCCUCUACCUUAAUCACCACCCCAACCAGCUCUUAUUCCUCAGGACCCAUUACUGCUCUUUUCAACAUGAAUAACAUUGGUAACAUGAAUAUGAAAGAGCGCCAUGAUUCCACAGGGCAUGGGGAAGACUACAACAAAGUAACUCAGAAUCCCAUACUAACCAGCCUACUUCAGAUCACAGGAAACGUGGGUGGAAAUAUAGGCUCAAGUCCUACUCCACCCCAUCAUACCCCACCACCUGUUUCUUCUCCAGCUAGCAAUACUAAAAAUCAUCCCAUGCUAAUGAACUUACUCAAAGACAACCCAGCACAGGACUUCUCCACGUUGUAUGGCAGUAGUCCCCUUGAAAGACAGAACUCUUCUGGAUCUCCUAGAACAGAACUUGGUCCAUCAGGAACUGGAAAACCCAAGAAAAAGAGACCUAGGACAGAAAAGAUGAAAAACCAGACUGAAGAUGACUUUCAACGGGAGCUCUUCUCCAUGGAUGUGGACUCUCAAAAUCCGAUAUUUGAUGUGAGCAUGGCGGGUGAUGCCCUGGACACACCCCAUAUUACACCAGCACCUAGCCAAUGUGGCACACCCCCUACGGUGUACCAGCAGCCUAUGACUCAUGCCCAGUCUGGUAUGCAAAGAAUGGUGAGGCUGCCCAGUACUGAUACAAUUAUUCCAGAUGUUACGGAUAUCCUUUCUGACAUAGCAGAAGAAGCUUCAAAGCUUUCAGGGACUGGGGAAGAUUGCCCUAAUCUUGGCACUCCUGUCAGAGACUCCUCUAGCUCGGGUCACUCUCAGAGCACCCUGUUUGACACAGAUGUCUUUCCGGUUGAUGGUGCAAGUGGCGGAGAUAAUCCUUAUGCAGAUGCCGCCGAUCUGAUUGCAGAAGCAAAUGGAAGCCCAAAUAGUGACUCCUCUAAUAAUUUCUUUAACGGUGUGGAUUUUAACCCAGAACUACUGAACAGUCAAAGCGGUUUUACAGAUGACCCCAAUGAAGACAGCAGCCUGAGCGACGAUCAUGACUUUUCUGGGCAGGACUUUUCUGGGCAGGGGCUGUCACUGGGUGUAGUUUCAGGAAUUCCUGUUGAUGGGAGUGAAGGCAAGUACAAGGUAGGGCCAGCAGCUGAAACAGUAGAUUUUAGUAUUAUUGGAGGUGGCAAGGGACUGGGUGGGGUGGACAUUAUGGAAUCACAUAGUAGAAGCCAGAGCCCAUUACUUGGAGAGUUGACAAAAGAUAGGCCACAAAAACAGAGAGUGAAAGAGGGGAGUAAUGGGGGAGGGGGUGGAGGAGGGUUGAGUGGGAUUCAGGGUACAGGCCUAGAUACAAAAUCUGGGAAACGCAGUAGAACACCUUCUAGUGAUGGUAAAAGUAAAGAAAAGCCACCCAAACGCAAAAAAGAGUCUGAAGGAAAAUCGCCCUCACAUAUUGCCAAUCGUCCAUUUACCCCACCUACCAGUACUGGAGGUUCAAAAUCUCCAGGAACAUCGGGAAGAUCUCAAACUCCUCCUGGCAUGGCCACUCCCCCAAUACCCAAAAUUACCAUUCAGAUUCCCAAAGGUACGAUGAGCGUUGGAAAACCAACUUCUCAUAGUCAGUAUUCAAGCAGUGGUUCAGGAAACUCAUCGAGUAGCAAAAGCCACCAUGGCCACUCCUCAUCCACAUCUUCUGCUUCUGGAAAAAUUAAGAACAACAAGUCUGAUGGGUCGUCUGGAAUGAAGAUGAGCAGUGGUGGGAGUGGAAUGUACACUGGUCCAACUGGAUCAGGGAGUAGCCAGUCCAAAAGUAGUUCUCAGUCAAUAGGCAAACAAGGAUCUUCUCCCAUCACUAAGCAUGGUCAAGGAAGUGGAGGGAGUAGUUCUGGAAGUAGCAAGACUAAGCCACAGGGAAAGCCAUCAGUGUUGAUGAAUCCUGCACUCUCGAAGCCAAACAUUUCCCCUUCACACUCUAGACCAUCUGGAGGCACUGACAAAUUAUCUUCCCCAAUGAAACCAAUGCCAGGGACUCCACCUUCCUCAAAAGCCAAGUCACCUAUUGGCUCAGGGGGUUCACAUUUGUCAGGGGGAGGUUCAAACUCCACUAUGAAGUCAUCAUCUGGUCUAGUUUCUUCAGGAUCGCUUUCACAGAAGCCAAACUCCUCCUCAUCUUCAUCCUCUUCCUCGUCGUCCUCAUCUUCUUCAUCGUCGUCAUCCUCUUUUUCAGGUGGCUCCAAUGUCUCCCAGAACCUUCAUGGUAGUUCAAAAGGGAAGUCCCCAAGCAGAAAUAAAAAACCAUCACUAACAGCUGUUAUAGAUAAACUAAAACAUGGGGUGGGUACAGGAGGUCCUGGUUCAGAGGAUCCUAUGGAGGCUUCUGGAGGGGGAGGAAACCCUGGAGCCCCUAGUCAUGGAAUGUCCUCAAAACAUGGACUUGUAGGAGGCGAAUUCCCUGUUAAGCGUGAAAAGAGUGAGAAAGAGAAAUCAAAAGUUUCGGUCUCUGGUGGAUCCUCUGAUUCAUCCAAGAAAGGAGACUCGAAGGGCUCAGGAAGUACUGGAGUAGCCAAAAUUAUUAUCAGCAAGCAUGAUGGGGGGUCACCUAGCAUCAAAGCAAAAGUAACCUUGCAGAAGCCUGGAGAAGGGAGUGGGGAUGGGUUGAGGUCACAAAUACCUAAGAGCUAUGGCUCACCCUUGAUCAGCGGUUCAACUCCAAAGCAUGAGCGAUGCUCACCAAGCCACAACAAAUCACCAGCAUAUACCCCACAAACCCUCGACAGUGAAAGUGAGUCAGGAUCUUCCUCAAUUGCGGAGAAAUCUUACCAGAAUAGUCCUAGCUCAGAUGAUGGUGGAGGCGUACGAACACAGCCAGAGUAUAGUGCAGAAAAGCACAAAAAGCAUAAAAAAGAAAAGAAGAGGUUAAAGGACAAGGAUCGGGAUCGAGAAAAGAAGAAGUCCUACAGUAUGAAGCCAGAAAGUUGGUCGAAGUCACCAAUAUCUUCUGACCCUACAUUAUCCAUGGGUGGUGGCACCCUUUUAUCUUCUGAAAGAACAGCCCGUCCAAGUCCAGGGUACUUAAUUGGUGAAGAUGAUGACUUAAUGAAUGUGGCUGUUAUAGGGAACUGAACUUUGUAAAAUAAGAUCUAGUUCGAGUGCGGUGGCUAUGUGUGAUGCUUCAGUUCUAGAUUUGUCCUGUUGCUGCUAGUAGCUCUAGAUGCAUCUAGCAGUAGAUGGGAUCCACUAUUUCAUUUUAUUUGUAUCUGUCCCGUUUUAAAUAUAAGUUAUAGAGAGGAAAAAAGGCAUUAUAAUGAGUUUUACCACUUUUAUAUUAGUGGACGUCUCACCUAUGCACAGUGGAGGCAGCUUCUUGAUCAUUAGAAUGCUGUAUAUCAGUAUGAGCUUCUCAUUCUCUACCUACAGUGUAUUAGUUGUAUUAUGGCUAUGUCCACCACGUGUAAGUGAAGUGUUCACCUUUAAAAUCGUUAAACCACACAUCAGUAUUUAAAAAAAAAAAAAA